AUGCCGACGAUUGCUACACUCAUUCUUAUCCAAACAUUUAUUACUCGGUAUGCACUAUCUACAAUUCUCGCAUUAGGUAAUCUGGGGAAUUUACUUACAAUUAUAAUCUAUUCACAGAAAAAACAUCGAACAAAUCCUUGUUCAAUCUAUCUUAUCGCAGUAUCUUGUUUCUGUUUAAUGGGUUCGAAUUGGGCUAUAGCACCAACAGUAUAUGCACUUGAUCAUUUCGAUAUCGUAGGCAAUUCAUUGAUAUUAUCUCGUAUUCGUGGUUAUAUUAUACAUACUAGUUCAAUGUGUUUUCGUUAUACACUUGUACUAGUAUGUAGUAGACGGAUCUCUAUUCGAGCUCUAAGCCGACCACAAAUUGCAUAUCGAUCAAUUGCUAUUAUAACACUGUUCUGGAGUGUGAUAUCUGUUCAUUUACUCAUUUGGGAAAGUAUUGAAAGUGGGCAUUGUGGUGUAUAUGGAAUCUACGGACAAAUAUUCAGUUUUUAUAUUGCUAUUUGUACUGGUUUCAUACC